GUUGGGCUGGUAGGUGGAGUCGGAACGGGACGCCAAGAACAGGAAGAAGAAACACAAUUCGGGUGGAGUUGGACUUGUGGUUGUUGCCCGUCUCCUCGCGAUUUUUAAAAGGAGACGUAUCCCCUGCCAGAUUCACAUCGCAUCGCAUCGCCACCCACCUUUCACUGCCGGAUUCCGAGCACGCAGCAGCAGCUUGGGUUUUCGCGGAUCUGCGGCUGCGAAUCCCAGUCUCGUAUCAACUCAACCAAGCAGAGGAGAAGCAGGAGGAAGAUGUCCAAGGCGGCGCUCACCCUGGAGGAGGUGUCCAAGCACAACACCAAGGACGACUGCUGGCUCAUCAUCGCUGGCAAGGUAUACGAUGUGACCAAGUUUUUGGAGGAUCACCCUGGAGGUGAUGAUGUUCUGCUGUCCUCGACUGGCAAGGACGCAACCGAUGAUUUUGAGGAUGUCGGGCACAGCACCACUGCCCGUGCGAUGCUGGAUGAGUUCUACGUCGGCGACGUGGACACGACCACGAUACCUGCCCGGACCAAGUACACUCCGCCGAAGCAACCACACUACAACCAAGACAAGACCCCUGAGUUCAUCAUCAAGAUCCUCCAGUUCCUGGUCCCCCUGGCCAUACUUGGCCUAGCUGUAGCCAUUAGGAUGUACACCAAGUCGGAAUCGGCUUAACCGGUGGCAUUGUUCUCGGGGUUAUGAGGUGUUGGAAUAAGUUAGCAGUUUGUCGCGUGGUGUAUCCAUUCGAAUGUAGCGUGUGGUGAGUUGUUUGAAUGUUGCAACGGUUUUGUCGUGAGACUGAAAUUGAUGGGACCAAGUAAGUUUUGUUGUGAAACUGAAAUUGAUGGGACUGAAA